AUGACGAUUUAUCAGUUGCGUCGUUUACAUGUCAAUCAAAAUUCGCAAUCAUUGUUACCAGAUGACACGGUCCUUUUAUACCAAACGACGAAAAUUGGCCGGAACCCAGAUCUGGUCGACGUAGUCCUAAUUUCACAAGUGCAUAGUAAUAUGAUUUCAAGAGAACACACGACAAUAUUUGUGAAAGCUAGACGUGAUCGAUACGCGUGUUUUAUAAAAGAUCAUUCCCUCAAUGGCACUUAUGUUAAUGAUUUUAGGGUAUCAGGUGAAGCUGAGUUACAACAAGGUGAUGUAAUCAAAUUUGGACAUGUAAAUGGUGCAGCUAUUAAGCCCGGUUGCUAUGGACCGCAAACCUCUGCCGAAUUUACAUUCGUUUUUGAAGAAGCACCAGCUCAUCGAUUAAGUGAUCGUAGACGUCCUAUAACAAUUAUGGGUAAUGCACGACAAGAUUUUUCCCAGGCAAGCAUUUUGAGAAGAAGCACAUCUCGGUUACCUUUGGCCAAUCCAACGAUGGAACUUUCCACUUCAUGGCAGAAUUCGGCUGCUGCUGGUGCUGCAGCAGCCCCAUUCUAUAAUUUACAGAGGUUUCCUGAUUAUUAUCAAGCAGCCUUUCCUCAGUUCAGUUCUGCUUAUCUGCAUUCACUUUGGCCUCAAAACCCUUGGCCAUCGCAAUCACCUACAGCUGUCCAGCAGUUUCAACACCAUCAAUUGGAACAACAGAAACAUGUAGAGGCUGUUGCACAAUAUGGUCAGUUGACUAGUCCGGCAUGGAUGGGUGCAAAUGCGCAGAUUGCUGCUGACACUUCAUCUUUCAUGGGAACAGCUUGUGAUAAUCGACUGCGUACUGUUGUAUCGGAGCAAGCAUCUUCACCAAGGGUAACUUCGAAUAUCACAGUUCAGAUGGCGGUCACUGCUGCCGUUGGAGGAGCGUGCUCUCAAAGAUCGGCUACCGCAACUGCAGCAGUUACUGACCAAUCAUCAGGAAUUGAUGUCCAAAACAUCAGUACGCAAAGCAAUCAGUUAUUACAGUCUUUAGCGCAGCAUACAUCAGCUUCACGUUCAGCUAGAGCUCCAAUUUCUGCUACAAUAUCGGGAAAUAUUCCGGUUACUCGAGGUAGUAGAACAGCAGCUACACGUCAACAUCAUUGUUCAACGAGUUCGCGAGCAAUCGAUAUACAAAGGGUUUCAAAAUUAACAGAUUGCACUCCUGCUCAGGUAAUUGCUACUCCAUCAGCUGUUGAUAGUGUGAAACGUAUGGAAUGUGAUAGUUCCGUUCCAAGUCCGCCCAAAAGUCAACAGCAACAACAAACGACAGCAGCUAUGUUUGGUGUGGUACCGACCGGUGUUGUUGGUAUCCAUCGAACAGCGACUGCAGUAUUAUCGCAACCUUCACUAUCACCAGUAACAGCUAUUCAUCCUCCAGCUCAAGUUCAGGCUCAGACUCCAACUUCAAUACCGUCAGUAGCAGCGGUAGCAGGCGGUGAACGAAGGUUUAGUAAUGAUAGAACUUCGACAGCAGUAAGCACUUGUAGUACUUUCACGGCUUCAAGUGCUGUGCCAACUGCUAUGACCGGCAUGAAUUUGGGUGCAGUAACACCGACACCAGCCGGAUCUGUAGCAUCUGCUGCGCUUUCUCAAAUGCCAGUGUCACCUACGGCAACCUCAGUUAUAACACAAGAAAGACCCAUGGAGGAGUUACAGAGAGAGAAUGCGGAACGAAAUAGUCGAUUGUCUGGUCUGGAAGAGUUAACGGAAGAUCUGUUAGAAGACUGCGGCCCACCAAAGCGAGUACCUACACCGGCAUCCAGUUCUUCUGAAUUACCCACCGGAUCAACGGCACAACAAGAACCGCGUACCAUAGAGGAACGGAAGCCAUCUGAAUCAUUACGUUCACCACUUCAUCAAUCACCAAAAAGACGCGGGCAUGGUCAUUCGGAUUCGUCUUGUUCACCCACUCAAACGCCUGUUAUAGUAGAACAAAAAGUUGAGCCGAAGAGACGACGUAAGAAUAAUGAGGUAGCCAUGUUGUUGAAUGAUUUAACUGAAGUGGCAUGGCAUCAUCUUGCAAGAAAGAGUACUAACAAAAUCACAGCGCCAACACAAACGAGGAUUAUUAAUAACUGUGAAGGAGAAAGAUAUUUGGAAUGUUUUUUUUUAAAUAAUCUUCUGACUUUUGCUUAUUCAGUUAGACACAUCACCAAAAUUGAUGGUAUACCUGACUUAACUCUGAUGAAGAUCUAUAGGCAUGAUGAAGAUGAUGAUGCUGAUAAUAGAAGUUCUAAAAGUGAUUCAAGUAGCUCAGAAAGGCAUGAAAAAAAGAAGCAACAACAGAAGAAUGUUGCGAACGCAAAGAGUAUAACUUCUUCAAAAGUCAAGGAUUCUGAUAGAGGUGCUGCGCGGAAACGUGGUCGUCCGAAGAAGGGUUACCAUACUUCGAAAAAUGCAAUCACUGCAAGUAUAAUUAAAAAGAAAGCAAUAGUUAAAAAGAAACGAAAGAAGAGAUCUUCUAGCAGCGAUAAUGUGAGCUUAGAUUCUGACGGUAAUGAGGAAGAGAGAAAGGAAGAUUUGAAGAAGUCGCAAACUUUACCAAAAGAUCAGCCAGGUACUUCAGCAGCUGAAAAGAUUGAAAGAGCAUUUGAAAUGAUGAGGAAGAGGCAAACAUUACCAGAUUCUGAUAAUGAAAGUAGCAGUUCAUCGUUUGUUACUUCUUCAUCACCUUCUCCGAUCCGACGAACGUGGGGUGCAACAUCACAACGGAAAACUGGACACACACCUGGUGGUAGUGGUAUAAGUAAGAAAAAAAUAGGCAAAAUGAGUGGCCAUCAAUCACGUUCGAUGAGUAAGAUACCACGGAAGCAAACACAUAAGGGAACCGGAACUCCUUCCGCAACUAACCGGAAGAAAGGACGUAAAAAGAAAAAGCGAUCAUCGUCAAGCGAAAGUGAAAUAUCAUUGGAAACGAGCAGUGUUGACUGGGAGAAGAUGAAACCGGUGGUUACACCAUUGCCGGCUGCACAUGCGCCAAUAGUAUUUGAUGAAUGGACAUACCACGAUCCAGAAAAACAAUGUGACGCCAGGUCAGGUUGCAAAAAACCACAAAGUGAAAGUGUUGUUUGGGUACAAUGUGAUUAUUGCUGCCGAUGGUACCAUAUGGAAUGUGUAACAGAGCACGGUGUAACGGUUGGUAAUUCGGAUGAUUUCAAUUGUGGUUGUCGGGAAGCAAAUAAAGGAAACUAA